GGUAACGCUGAGCAAGCACCAGGCCUUGUCCCUCUUCGGAAAUGACAUUUCUCCAGUCGUCUUGGAAGUGGAGUUCCAGACAAAGGACAGACUCCGGUUCAGGCUCUAUGACCCCAACAGGCAGCGGUUUGAAGUCCCACUCAAGAUCAGCUCCCCUGGGGUUACUGCCGAUGAGGCCAGCUAUGACGUGGAGCUCACGGAUGACUCCUCACACCUCAGGAUCAGGAGGAAAAGCACCGGCACUGUGCUGUGGGACAGUCCCCUCUCUGAUCUGAUUUUCUCCAACCAGUAUCUUCAGAUUGUAACUACUGUGCCAUCCACUUCGGUGUAUGGGUUUGGUGAACAUGAGCACCCAUCCUUCAAACACAGCAUGGACUUCAUUACCUAUGGCAUGUUCAGCAGAGAUCAGGCACCAGAGGCUUGGGGCAUCGACCACAUCUCUAGGAAGCCUGUUCCAAUGUUUGGCUACCCUCUUGAUGUUUCUCUGAGUCCAAACCCAUCUUUAACUUUCCGCACUAUUGGAGGGAUCCUUGACUUCUAUGUCUUCCUUGGACCAACUCCUGAAAACGUAAUUCAACAAUACACAGAGGCCAUUGGACGCCCACACAUGCCUGCCUACUGGUCUCUGGGAUUUCACCUCUCCCGAUGGGGUUAUGGCAGCAUUGAUGUUUUAAAGGAAACUGUUGAUCGCAUGCACUACUAUGAUAUCCCCUACGAUGUCCAACAUUUUGAUAUUGACUACAUGGAGCGUCGCCUGGACUUUACCUAUGAUAAAGUGAACUAUGCGGGUCUGCCACAGUACCUCCAACAGCUGAAGAAGGAAGGAAUGCACAAUGUCGUGAUUCUGGACCCUUUCAUAACUAAGGAUGAAGAACCAGGCACUUACAGGCCUUACGACCUUGGAGAGGAAAUGGGAGUCUGGGUGAACAACUCUGAUGGCAUAACUCCUGCUGUUGGGAAGGCCUUGCCCCCUGGAGAUUCGGUGUUUCCUGACUACACCAACCCCAGGACAGUGGAAUGGUGGACCCAGUUGUGUCUGGAGUUUAAGGAUGUCCUUGACUACGAUGGGAUCUGGAUUGAUAUGAAUGAACCAUCCAAUUUCUUAGAAGGCCAGUAUCCUGGAUGUGCUGUUAAUGAUAUCAAUAACCCUCCUUAUGUCCCUAGCGUUUCUAAUCAUUCCCUGGCGCAGAAGACAUUGUGUCCUGACUCCAAGACCUACCUUGGGGAGCAUUAUAACACACACUCUCUCUUUGGCUGGUCACAGACAGCACCAACUUUCAA